AUGAAACCAUCCGUCACUUCCAAACUAGAUCUCCUCCUUCCCAAUAAGCUCCUCGACUACCCAUCCCCCUCAUCAUCCCGCCUCCUCAAUGUGCCCGGUGUGCAUAAUCUACGUGACCUCGGCGGUCUACCAACCCGUUUUGGUCGCAUCAAACGAGGAAAGGUCUUCCGUAGCGCUCAGCCAGGCACCAUCACGCCCGCCGGAGCACAAGCUCUACGAAGUCUAGGUAUCAAGACGAUCUUUGAUCUUCGCUCCAAAGGAGAAGCCGAGGCCCUUGACCCUUCGUUGCGGGUCAAACAGGUAAACGGUAUACGGAGGGUAGCGGUGCCUGUGUUUGCUCGACAUGGUAGUUCAAGAUCUAGGAUCAAGAGCUAUGCAAUGGGGGAGACUGGCUUCCGAAAAAAAUACCGCGAUAUCCUAACCUCCGGCGGUCUCGCAUUCCGUCCCGUACUGCAGGAUAUCCGUGACAAUGGCUCCUCCGGAUGUCUAUUCCACUGUACCUUGGGACGAGACAGAACGGGGAUCCUGUCGGCAGUGAUACUGGCUCUUGUAGGCGUGGAUGACGCGACGAUUGAGCUGGAUUACUGUUUGUCGGAUCAGGGAUUGGCGGACUGGCGGCCUGCUUUGAGGGGGAUUGUGCUCAGGAUGGAGCCGGGGCUGUUUGGAGUGGGGGAGGUGGAGAACAUCUUGAGCGUUAGAGCAUUGAGGUUGACAGAUACAUUGGGGUUCAUGAGGCGGAGGUACGGUAGCGUCGAGGGGUAUGUGAGGAGCUGUUGUGGGUUGGACGAGGGUGAUAUUGAAGCCAUUAGGGGGAAUCUUCUUGAGAAGAGCGGGAUCUCAUUUUGA